AUGUCGCGGGUUCAGCGGCACGGCAUGAUUGAUGACGACCAACGAGGUCGACCUCCCCCGCCGUCUGUUUCUUUCCACUCCCGGGUCCAAAUGCCUCCCCACUCUCCUGCACUGCAUGGCGACCUGAUCCCUCGCGACUACCUGGGACCACGCGCUGACGGGCAGACCCUUCGCUCGACUGGUGUGGCUCCUAGUGCCCGCAAACCUAUGCCGUCUCCCCUGCAUACGAGUUUCAAUAUCCGGUCGCCGACCAGAGACGAUCUCACGCUGUCGACUCAGAGUCCCCUUUCGCCCAGAUCGAACGCAAUCACAAAUCCUUUCCAGAGCCAUCCUUUUCGGAACCGCGCCGUCCAACCAGACCUCUCAGCAUCUCCAACAACCGUCAACCCGGAUCCGACCACAGUUGUUGAACCAGAACCCAACCAGGAGGGACCGUUGGGCGCUCGUCCUCAGCAUGCGGUGGGUAUGGCGGACACAACGAAAUUAUUCAACCCAGCCCGUAAGGAUUCAGAUGCAGCAGACUCGAGCCGAUCCGCUACGUCCUCCCCGAGCUCCCCGGUAAACUCGCAGCAGUCUUUGGCUCGUGAACAACGAUCAGGGCAUCGCCAUGUCAUCCCGCGGACCUCGUCGAUUGAUUCGGCAAUCUCCUCGCUGUCUACGGCAUCUUAUCCACAUAAAUCAUCAUUUGACGCUAGUGCUUUGAGCCAAGCUGAUAUCAAUAAUCUGAUAUCAACAGCUGGAUCGGCGGAGGCUGUCAUCAUACAUUUACUUAAAGAGAAGCAUCACGCUGCCUCUCAGAAUGCGCAGCUAUGGCGCCUAGUGGAUAAGCAGCGCACCAUGGUCCUUGGUCUAAACAAAGACCUCGAACGGGCUCUGAAGGAGAAGGAACGGUACAGGAAGAAGCUAAAAGAGCUGCAGUCCGCAGCCUAUACGUCAUCCGGGCUACAUGACGAGCCAUCAAAUUCUGUGGACGAUGACGCUCUUAUACAAUCUGAGAAUCAGAGCCAGGUCGGAUCUUCAGAUCGCCAGACACCGCGCUCUCAGAGCUUGGAGAAUAAAUCUCGGAACGAAGCUGAGGAUUCCCUUACUGUUCUCCCCGAGUCAUUUCCUAUUCCGCUAAGCUCAGAAGAACCCGCUUUAUAUGCUUCUCUCGAGUCGUUGGACAAGACUGUCACUCGGCCCGGUGACAGAGCGAAACACAUACAUGAGUCGGAUACGCCCCUCUCAAGAUUAGCAACCUCAUCAGUAAUGCAACAAAGCUUUGCCACAACUGUUGGUUCUAUCAUCCACGAGGCGUCUCCUGUGGAAGACCUGAAUGCUAAAGUUCCCCAUCCAAGCCGCAAACCUCCACCAGCACCGUUGAAUCUUAAACAGAAAGACAACGCAAUCGCACCCCUCUCUAUUCAAUCAGACUCAGAGUCUGAGUAUGAGGACAUCCUCGAAGUGGACGAACUGAUUGACCAGGAGCGUGGAAGGAGGAAGACAAGGGAAGAAGAUGACCGGGAUCGAGAGGUGGCAUUGGCGAAGAAAUCUAGUAGUCGGUCAACAAACAAGAAUCCUCAGCAACUGGACACUCUGGGAGCUUUGGGCGGAGCCCAUGAUAUUCCUCCUACACAUCGUGUUCACGUCUUGACUCCGCAACACCUCCCAGCUGGUUCGUCGCUCAUGGAACAGACCGAAUCCCUAGCAGCCGUUCUUAACUCUCAGGGCGGCCGUCGACCUACCCGUCUAGAUGACCGUCCCCUCAUUGCUUCCCCCAAGAGUCCAGGGUUACCUCUGAGCCCAAGACCUGGUGACCGGCCCUUGAAUUCUCCUCUGCCUCGGAAUCCAAGAGAAGGCGCUGUUGCAUUCACGCCUUCGGGCAUGUCUUCUCCACGCCUGACGAACAAACAGGUGUCAUCCCUGUCAGAAAUAUCUUCCUCGACCUCGAUGAAAAUGCGUGGCCCUGUGCCAACUCCGAUAAGUCUUCAUGCUGCCAACCAACAGCUUCCAUCCAUUGACCCUGCCGUCAAGAUAGACAGUCCAAGAACUCCACAGACCAUCGCCAACAGAAUCUAUCAGGGUUUGGUUUCAGAGGACUAUCCUGGACUGCUUCUAUCCCCGAAUGCUCUUCCUCUGAUUCAAGUGAAGGUAUUCUCGUCAAGGCUCCGCCCUUCUAGGAACAGCUAUCUGGCACUGAAACCCUCCGAGGAAGAACCUGUUUUUACUUUGAGUAUCUUUUCACGAUCUGAACAUCGAGAGCUGUGGCGUGUGGAAAAGAUCAUCGCAGCUCUGCCCCAGUUAGAUCAACAGAUAAGGCAGUCCUCGGAUUUUCCGGUAAAGUUGCCGGAUAGGGGCAUUUUUAGUGGACACUCUCCUGCGAAGGUUGAUGCGCGGCGUGCUGCAUUGAAUUCUUACUUUGAGCGUCUACUUGAGACUCCGAUGGAUGAGCAAGCAGCUUUGAUUAUCUGCCAGUUUCUCACAUCUGACGCAAUUGAGCCCAGAGACGACGAGACAGUCCUGAUCAAAGCUAAUAAUCAAAUGCGGCCUGAGAUCCUUCGGGGCCCGGAUGGGAAACCUAGAAAGGAGGGGUAUUUAACAAAACGGGGAAAGAACUUUGGGGGCUGGAAAGCGAGAUAUUUCAUUCUCCAUGGCCCAGAAUUCAAGUAUUUUGAGUCGCCGAACGGUCCCCAUCUGGGUACCAUCAGGAUACACAAUGCACAGAUCGGAAAACAGUCACAGAAUAUGAAUAUUCGGAGCAAUUCCCCCUCGCAUGCCGAAGAUGAUUCAGAGAACCAAUACCGUCAUGCCUUCCUCAUCUUGGAACCGAAGAAAAAGGAUUCGUCAGCUCUUGUUCGUCAUGUUCUUUGUGCUGAGAGCGACGAAGAGAGAGACGCUUGGGUUGAAGUUUUAUUGGAGUACGUUGAAAAUCACUCUGAUCAUGAAGGACACGCAAAGAUUCAUAUGUCCCAUGGAUCCGGGAGGCAGCCAUCGAGUGGCAAGUCUAGGCUGUUUCUCAACGGCAGCAAAAAGACCGGGAAAGGGGGCGGCGAUCUUCCUGAGUCUGACUCAGUGGAUACUGUCCAAGGAUUUAGUUAUGAUGACGCUAUUCCCGCUGAACCACCGGUGCUAGGGGUUUCCCCUGAAACCCAAGGCUCGAGGUCACUACAACUACCUACAGGAUCGUCACUUGAGGUAGAUACAUCCCAUCUGUCAAACGCGGAGAAUCCACCGCUCUCUCCCUAUUCCUUCAAGGUGAUAUCAGGACCUACCAAUGGUGCUGUCAUUCAAGAUGCUGGAGCUUGGGGAAACAAGGCGGCCACCAGUACCAAGGAAAAGAAACGCAGCAUUUGGGGAUUCCGCACCAGAUCUUCAGCUGAUCUGGCUUCCCAACUCCAGGCUCACCAGGAAACGUUAGCAGCUCAGGGUCAUGAUCACAGCUUGAUGGAUCGAAGAGAACCUGUACGACCUGUCUUCGGAAUACCUCUCGCAGAAGCUGUACAGUAUUGUGCGCCCCAGGGUGUCAAAGUGGAGCUACCUGCUGUCGUGUAUCGCUGUAUCGAGUAUCUUCAAGCCAAAGAUGUGGCGUCAGAGGAAGGGAUCUUUCGUCUCAGCGGAUCCAAUGUUGUUGUCAAGGCAUUGAAGGAACGGUUCAAUACCGAAGGAGACGUCGAUUUUUUAGCUGGAGAUCAGUACUAUGAUGUCCAUGCCGUGGCAUCUCUUUUCAAGCAAUACUUGCGAGAGCUACCUACGACUGUUCUAACAAGGGAACUGCACCUUGACUUCCUCCGAGUACUUGAACUCGACGACCGAAACAAGAAAAUCAUGGCAUUCAAUUCACUUGUAUACCGGCUUCCAAAGCCAAAUUUGGCUCUUUUGCGAGCGCUUGCACAGUUCUUACUGGGCAUUGUCAACAAUUCAGACGUCAAUAAGAUGACUGUUAGGAAUGUCGGCAUUGUUUUUGCACCUACACUCAAUAUCCCAGCGCCUGUAUUCUCUAUGUUUCUCACUGAUUUCAGCAGCAUCUUCAGUGAACCAGCGGAGCCCAUUAUUUCUACUUCUGAUUUAGCUACUGAACUACCAUCAGCCCAAAACAGAGACAACUACUCGAGCUCACCGCCAGAGAGACUCACUGCAUAUAAUAGCUCUGGAAUGUCUCCUGUGCAAGAAAACAACGAACAAAUUGCACCUGAAAUAGAAAAUAAUGAAGUUUAUGAAGCGCCCUCUCAGCUAUCAAUGAACCGUGCCUUGACACCACACACAGACGACUUGCGUUCAGCUAAAGCCAAGAGAAGGGAAAGCUCUCUUCUAUUUAUGGAAGCAAGUCAUCAGGAAUCAUCAUCUCCAACCUUUUUUAAUAAACAUGCCCUGAUAGAUGAGGAACCGAUGUCUGAAUAG